CGCUCUGAGCCACAGUGACAGGCAAUAUCCUGACUGAAGACUCAAGUUGGACGUACGCACUGAGGAAAAACUCAGGAUAGACUUUGAAGAACUAUAAGGUGGCAUAACUUUUUUGCUUAACAGACAAGAAAAUAGAUUUUACGCAAUAAAUAUGCAGUCUCUCUGUCACCAACUGUUCAGCUUGCUCUUCGUUUUCGGAAGCCUUCAGAUCCAUCAACUCACGGAGGCUUGCUCGUGCGCUCUGUCGCACCCGCAAGAUGCGUACUGCAACUCUGACAUAGUGAUCCGAGCCAAAGUGGUGGGGAAGAAGCUACUGAAGGACGGGCCAUUUGGCACCAUGCGUUAUACAGUCAAACAGAUGAAGAUGUACAAAGGAUUCAACAAAAUGCAGCACAUUCAGCACAUCUACACCGAUGCCUCUGAAAGCUUGUGUGGAGUCAAGUUCGACAUCAACAAGUACCAGUAUCUGAUCACAGGCCGAGUAUACGACGGCAAGGUGUACACCGGACUCUGCAACUUCAACCAGCCAUGGGACCGUCUCUCUCUGGCCCAGAAGAAAGGCAUCAACCACCGCUACCAGUUGGGCUGUAACUGCAGGAUUAAGCCAUGCCACUACCUGCCCUGCUUUGUGACCUCAAAGAACGAGUGCCUGUGGACGGACAUGCUGUCCCACUUCGGCUACCCCGGCUACCAGUCCCGGCACUACGCCUGUGUCCAGCAGAAGGAGGGCUACUGCAGCUGGUACCGGGGAAUGGCUGGACGCGACAAAACCACCAUCAACGCCACAGACCCAUGAGUGUAAACAACAUGCAACCCCCAAAACCUUACUGAGUUUCUUCUCUUCCUCUGACUGCCACUCUUUUCAAUCUUUCCCAACCUCCACAAACUCCCCUCUUCAUCCUUAGAGUAUUACGAAGCUCUUAAAAUGUACAGUACCGGCACCAAGCAACCCUACCCACGUCCUCUGACAAAAAAAACAAAAACUGAAAGAAACAGUGCCUGGCUGUCUCAUAGAAGUAGCACUUCUCAUAUGAACAAUACUGUAUAUUCUUUUUUUCAUGCUCUGUCAGUUUCUCUAUCUUUCUUUUCCCUAGCUAUUAACGAGCGGAUAUUAGAACCGAUCCCAGAGUCAACUUUUGCAAUGGCCUAUUCGAAAAUAGCAGGCUUAAAUAGGUCGGAAAGCACUUCAUAACUGCAGUUUCAAGCAAUAUAAAAAGGAUGAAAAUCAUCCUAAUAUUUAGUAAGAUGCAGACAGCUACAGUAUCAACAAAGCUCCUGUAAUAAUAAUUUCAUGUUUAUCUUUGACAAGUUAUGCACAGUAACAAGGCCAAUGCCAACAUUAGGUAUGACCUCUGAAAAGCAAUACCUCUUGCUCCAGUCUCACAAAGGCGCUUUGUUGAUGUUUCAAAAUGAUUUUUAAUUGCAUAAAGGGUGUAUAUGUAUGUAUACGUAUUCACAGCUCAUACUGUCAACAUGUCUAUUUAUAUGAAUGAUGCAAUUUUCACCUCCUUGACUGUUUGCGCUGUAUAGUUCAUUCUUGGUUGUUUUGAAUCACAUCAUCAUAUGAAUGCAUUGCUAAUUUGGAAAGUAAUUUUUUGGGUAUACCUAUAUUUUCUUCUGUAACGAUUACCAAGAAUGAGCCUUACAGCUCAAACACAGGGAAUACUUCAUCUUUUGGGAAAUGGAUGCACGUUUUUCUUUUUCUAUUGAUAUACAUAAGCUAUGAAACAACUGUUGACUCGACUGGAACCUCUGUAGUGGACGUAUUCAUCUGUGUUUGUGGAAUCAGACAAUAUCCACUGAAAUACUACAAACAAAAUGAAAUGUCAUACUGCAACAGCCAAAAAUAUAUUUAUGUAUCUGGCCAAAACUGUAUUUGCAUCACUACCCUGUUCAGCGGUCAUGAAAGAACAGAAUCCCGAAUUGUGUUGAUACAACAUUGAUUUAAUGUUUGUUCAGUGUUAGACCCACCUUCAGCAGAUUAUGAAUGAUGGUACUUUUCCCAAUCACAGUCCCCCUUCUGGUACUCAUGAGGGAGGUCACUUUUUGUCACAGCUUUUGUCAUAGUUUAAAGGAGAGGCUUUGGAGAAAAAGCCUGUUUUCAUAAAUGUUUAUUCCAUGA